CGGCGACGACAAGGGACACACGACUCGCGGCCUUGCCUCUACAUCGCCACAACGCAGCAGCCACUUCACAACAAGACACUUACCCACCCCCGAGACACACACCAUGCCAGAGGACAAGGCGUGCACAAUCACCCUCGACGACGGGACGCACUACGACCUGUCGUCGCUGGCAUCAGCGUCGGCAGACUACACGGCCGACGCGGGCACCGACAAGAACGAGUACAAGCUCAACGUGUGCCGCGGGGUCGUGACCGAGCUGUGGGGCAUCGACGAGGCAGACAAGGUCGGCGGCGUCGUCCAGCGCCCGAGUAGCGGCGGCGCGGGCGAGCGCUCCGACUUCUCGCUCGGCCAGGUGUCAACAAAUAUCACGCUCAGCCCAGGGACCAAGGAGCCGGUGCUCGUCCUCGAGAACGGAUCAAAGUGUCCCGGGAACGAGAACGAGCGCGCGUCGACGGCUAUUCGCUUCAUCUGCAGCCAGAGCGAGUUUGGCGCUGGCAAGCCGCGCCUCGUCGCUGCCCUCCCGCCGGGAGACAACUCGUGCCACUUCUUCUUUGACUGGCCGACGCACGUCGCGUGUGCGACGAGCCCGCAGGCUGAGCUGGCGAGUGGGCAUCUGAUCGCCUUUGGCGCGUUCAUCGCCGUCGCCGUCCUGACGUGGUUUGGUGGCCACUCGCUGUACAACCGGUUCUACCUCGGCCGGCGCGGGCUCGACCAGUUCCCCCUCCCGCGCUUCUCGGCGCCCAAGCUCAGCCUGCCGAGCGUCGUCAACCGCAGCAGCACUGCCGCGCCCGCUGCCCCGCCCCGCCGCUGGAGCCUGUUCAAGGGCCGCCGCUCCCAGCGUAAUGGCUACUCGCAGGUGCGUGCCGACGACGGCGGCGAGGAGGACCGCCUGGCGGGCGCGCGCUUCUCCCUCGACGACACGGACGACGAGUACCAGUACGACGACCAGGAUGCGCGCGCCAUCAACAGCGAGCUUAAUGCGUGGCGUACCAGCCCGCGCCAGAGCUCUGAGCGGACCAACGGUGGGGGGCGCCAGGAGCCUACUGUCGGCGUGCACCAGGGAUUGGUUGAUAUUUAGAGAGCACCGGGGAGUGUGUAUGCAUAGAUGGGUGUGAUGGUG